AUGGCUGCCAGGCAUGAUGGUGACAGUAGACGGUAUGUAUCAGAAAGAAGAUUAAUCUUAGUAGGAAGGACUGGAUCAGGAAAAAGCAGCACAGGAAACACGCUCCUCGGAAAUAAUAUUUUCGAUGAGUAUUGUGGAAUGAAGUCUGCUACCAAACGAUGUGCAUAUGCAAGUUGUAAGUACCAAGGAAGUAAAAUAACCGUUAUCGACACACCUGGUCUGUUUGACACAAAAAUGCCAAAAGAAGAGCUCAAAAGGGAGAUAACCAAAUGCAUGGCUUUAGCAUCUCCUGGUCCACAUGCCGUCCUGGUGGUGAUUCCAUCGGACGUUCGCUAUACAGACGAGUGUCAGAAAACGAUUGAUUGCUAUAUUGAUAUGUUCGGGAAAGCGAUAAUAAAUCGUAUUCUUCUGGUUUUCACAAAAAAAGAUAUAUUCAAAAGCAACUUUAUCACAGAAAAAAUAUUUUUGGAUAAUUUGGAUUCAAAUCUAAGGAAUCUUUUAGCCAAAAGUGGCAAUGGACAUGUUUUUGUAAACAAUAGGGCCAGCAACCUAGAUGCAGAAAGGCAAAACUUGUUUGCGGCCAUUGAAAAUAUUAUCCUUUCUUGGAACAAAACGUUUUUUCAAAACGAAGCCCUCCGAAUCAUAGAGAAGGGGAUAAGGGAGAAAGAAAGCAAACCCGAGGACUCUGUCACAGGGAGUACAAAGGACCUUCCUUCGUCAUCUGCACAGUGUCAUAUGUCAUCAGCAUCUGAAGUCAGAAUCACUGAGGUAGACGAGACGCCGGAACGCAAUUCUACCCGACAGCUGAUCGCUGAUGAUGUCAAGCCUGGUGAUAAAGAUGAUGGUUUUGUGGAUCGCUUGACGCAACUGUUGAGCGAUUUUUUCAAUAAUCUUUUUAUUUUGUUGUUUGGAACGAAGAAAUCAUGA